AUGAUAACUCAGGGAAACUCUGGGCAAAGAGUGCCCAACGCCUGUCAGUAUGGAGGUUUGGACCUGUUUGAAGGAGAUAUUAGGAUUUCUAGGAGGGGUAGGUCCAUUCGCAGUGAACAGCACCGUUGGCCCUUGCCUGUCCCUUAUGAUUUGGAGGAGAGCCUGGAUAUCAAUGCAAAAGGAGUCAUCUUGAGAGCUUUCGAACAGUUCAGGCUGAAAACAUGUAUUGACUUCAGACCCCGGUGUCAGUUUGAACAAUACAUUGCAAUCAAGAACGACACAGGAUGUUGGUCCUAUAUUGGAAGAACUAUGUGGCGGCAGGAACUCUCUAUUGACUCUGAUUGUGUCACUGUGGCCUCAGUAGAGCAUGAACUCAUGCACGCUUUGGGCUUCUGGCAUGAGCAGUCCAGAUAUGACCGUGACAAUUACAUCUCAAUCAACUGGGAAAACAUUGAAGCAGGUGAGGAGGACAAUUUCAAAAUUAAAACCAACGAUACCAACAGCACCAUGGACACCCCAUAUGACUACCUCUCAGUCAUGCACUACUACAAAGAUGCCUUCAGCAAUGGCAAUGGAUCAACCAUCAUCACAAAACUACCUGAGUUCCAAGAUGUGAUCGGACAGAGACUGGAUAUGAGCCAUUAUGAUGUAGAAGAGCUCAACAAGUUGUAUGGCUGUAAAGACUCAAUCUCCUUCCUGAACCACUGCAGCUUUGACGAGGACAUGUGUGAGAUGAGUUCAGCCGGAUGGAAGAGAGUGCGCCGUGCUGGUGGAGGUCCUCAAUCUGAUCACACCUACCUGGGCAUGAAAUCUCAAAAUUCCAGCUUUUUCAUGCAUUCCAACACAAAAAGGGGGCAAAGGAAAUUCUCCAUACUGCAGGCCAGGAGGUUGACUCCUAGAAGAACUAGCAACAUCCAGUGCCUUGAGUUCUUCUAUUACAAUAGUGGGAAUGAAAUGGAUCAGCUCAACAUCUGGAUGACCGAGUUUGAUAGUGAAUACGACACCAUGGGAACUCGCAGACUCAUGGGCCAGGUUACAGGUUCUCCAGCGGAUUAUUGGCAACUCCACUAUGUUCCUCUGAACGCCACUAAGACGUUUCAGGUGGAGUUUGAGGCUCGCAAAGGAACAGGAGAGUCCAGUGGUGGGUUCUCUGUGGAUGACAUCAAUCUGUCAGAAACCGAAUGCCCUCAUCAAACAUGGCAGAUCAGGAACUUUGAAAAACUUAUGAGUGAACCUGAAACAAUUAUAUACAGUCCAACAUACUAUACCAGUGAUGGCUAUAGGUACCAGAUUUUUCUAGAAAUUCACUAUGUAUUUAUGUCUGCAAAUAUUCGUCUGGUGUCUGGGGAUUUUGAUGACCAGCUUCAGUGGCCUCUGGAGUGGAGGCAGAUGACUUUACUUGUCCUGGACCAGACCCCUGACAUUAGGCAACGCAUGUCUAACCAAUUCAGCUUCACCACGGAUUCAGCAAAUGGAAAUGGUAAAAGAGGCACAACCCUCAAUAGAAAUCAUGACAUUGAAAAUGAUGAAUAA